AUGGAAGACCAGCAUUUUGACCUCGAGCGCAAUAGCGAUAGCCGCUUCUUGGCUAAUCAUGUGGUACAAAGUUUCCACUGGAAGGACUUGACUGUCACUGUUAAGGACCGUAGCUCGGGGAAUCCACUAAACUUGAUUACUGAAGUCAACGGCUUUGUAGAACAAGGAGAGCUUUUGGCGCUUAUGGGCCCAUCGGGUUGUGGGAAAACUACCCUAUUGAACCUACUCGCUCGCAGGGAUGCUAGUCCCAGGGCCAAGGUUAGGGGAGAGGCGCUCAUAAACGGCACCCAGGUAGACCGACAAAGUUUUCAACUUCUUAGCUCUUACGUGGAGCAAGAAGACGUCUUGAUCGGGUCAUUAACCGUCAAAGAAACAAUGAAGUUCGCUGCAGACCUCUCCCUACCUGAUUACAUAUCAAAGGAUGAGCGUCUAAGCCGUACCAGCAAGCUUUUGCAUUCAUUUGGAAUCCAAAAACAAGCCGACACCCUGGUGGGAACUCCUAUUCGCAAAGGAAUCAGCGGCGGACAGAAGCGACGCCUUAGCGUCGCUAGUCAACUCAUCACUUCCCCCAAAAUCUUGUUCAUGGAUGAGCCGACCAGUGGGUUGGACUCCACUGCUAGCUUUGAGGUGAUAUCAUUCACUAGAAAGCUUGCGCGAGACAAUAAUUCACAAUGCCUCAUUGUCCAUAAGCUUCUAGUGAUAUUGAGUAUCCACCAGCCGUCCACGACAACUUUUGAGCUUUUCGACAAAUUAUUACUCCUUGCUGAUGGCAAAACUUGCUACUUUGGCUCCCUGCACCAAAUAGAGGGAUAUUUUAGCAAGAUUGGGUAUCCAAUACCUUCUCGCACGAACCCAGCAGAGUUUCUACUGGACCUCGUAACGGCUGACUUUGUCCGAGCAAGCGGAUCAGCGGCAGGGAAAAGAGAAAGAAUUCAGUCUGCGUGGGCGGCGUCGACCGAGUCAGAGGCGUUGAUGAUGCAGGUAUCAAUGCAGCCCCAUUCUACAGAGAAGCGCAUGGUUGCUCAGGACCUGGAUCGGCCAAGUUUACUCAAGAUUACACAUACCCUCCUGCAUCGCUUAUUCGUCAAGAGCUAUCGCGAUUUUGUCGCCUACGAGAUACGAAUCCUAAUGUAUCUUGCCCUAGCAAUCAUGAUGGGCACCGUAUGGUUGCGCUUACAGACAUCACAGAACUAUAUCCAGCCCUUCAUUAAUGCUAUUUUCUUCGGCUCCGCAUUCAUGUCUUUUAUGGCAGUAGCCUAUGUACCCGCGUUUCUGGAAGACCGCGCAACGUUUGUCAAAGAGCGCGCCAACGGCCUUUAUGGACCUUUGCCAUUUAUGGUAUCGAACUUUCUUAUUGGCCUGCCAUAUCUAUUUUUGAUUUCAGUGCUAUUCUCGGUCAUUUCGUAUUGGCUUUCGAAUUUUUAUCCCAAUGCCGAUGCUUUUUUUACGUGGGUAAUGUGGAUUUUUUUGGAUCUCGUCGCUGCCGAAUCCCUGGUUGUAUUCGCAUCAUCAAUGUUCCCGAACUUUGUCAUCGCAUUGGCUAUCGUGGCGUUCGCGAAUGGAUUAUGGAUGUGUGUUGGGGGAUUCCUGGUUCCAUUGGGGCUGCUCAAUCCAUUUUGGAAAUACGUUUUCCAUUAUAUUGACUAUCAGGCGUAUGUGUUCCAGGGAAUGUUGGUAAACGAGUUAUCACGCAGGGUCUAUUCAUGCGAUGCGAAUUGUCAUUGCAUGUUUUCGACAGAUUUGGCCCCUCAGUGCCAGAUUCGAGGAUCGGGAAUUUUGGAACUUUAUGGGUAUUCAACAGGCAAGACGGCCGAGUGGGUGGGAAUACUACUUGCAAUUAUUGCUGUAUACCGCCUCUUGGGUUGGAUUGCCAUCGCUCUGCGCCAUAGAUAA